CCCCUUGCCGCACUUGCUCGUGUUUAGUUCGCGAGACAAGUUGGCGAGCGUAGCUGCGUAUGCAAAUGCCCGACAGACGUCACUCGAUACGGCGCAUGCGCGGCUGCUAUCGCGAGCCAACCAAGUUUUAUCCGCGUCGCGACACGCGAGUCGAGAGUGUCCAGAUUUCCUCCAGAAUCGAGGCAUUGCUCCGUUUCGAGAAAAAUAAAUCGACAAUCCGGAAGGUCGAGAGAGAAAAGACCGAUCGUAGGAUCCCGCACGGAUCAAAGAAGAUCGCAUGUUCGCGGACAGAUCACUGGCCAAUUACGAGCGAACGGAAAGAUACGUCGGAAAUGGCGAACGCGCACGCGAUCGCGCUUCUGCGCUUGCCGACCGAUUUCGAAGAUACGAUCGAACGAAUGAAAAAUCUCCGACUCGAACGUAGUCGUCGAACCGAUCAGAGCCUCGACUCUAUGGAUUCGAGAGCAGCCCGUUUCGUCGGUCGCGAAGGAGCAACAACCGAUCAUCGGACAAAGUUAAAGGAACUCGACAGUCCGAACAACAGGCAGGAGAAGACUCGUAUCGACGAUGCCAACAGCGAUGCCAACGACGAUGCCGACAACGACGGCAACGGCGAUGCUAACGACGCGAACAGCGAGACCGAAAGCGAUCGACACUCUACCGAUCGCUUGAUCGAACGUGGACCGAUGAAAUCGCAGUUUCGCCCACGCGAGCUUCGCGGUCAGCCUUACUGCACGAUCGACAGACGAUUGAUCGAAUCGUCGGAGCAAUUUCUCGAGACGAACGAAAGGUUUCCGUUCGGUUAUCAGAGAGCCGCGGAGAUCGGCAAAGAAAGCAUAGACUUUGGCUUCAGUUUGCCGAGUACCGACAUCGUAGCGAACAAUAUUACCGAGGACGCGGUGUUGGAGUUUAUUUCGCAAGGCAUGUUGCAACCGGCCCAAUACCUCCCCGACAGCAGCUACGCCGCGACGAACGUGGCGCCGAGUGGCAAUUCGCUCCCCUUGGUUCCGAGUGCCGGGAAUCCUGACUCGAGGCACACGAGCUGCGAGCAAUGCGUUCGAACGAAUAAACAACCGAAUCGUCUACACGAGCCGAUCGGUUCUCUCGGGGUAGUCGGCGCGAUAUAUUCGAACUCCUCCUGCUCUCCGUCGAGCAGCUCCUCCGAUUCUCCUUUUUCCUCGCCCUCGAAUCAGUCUUACGGAGAUGCUUCGAGUCCGGUCGGUGUGAAUUUCGAAACGAAUUUCGUCGGUUUGAAUUUCGAAGAUACACUGGCCAAGGAAUUGGACAACUUCUCGCUUUCGAACGACAUCCUUGAAUCGUUGCAACUGAUCGAUGAAGUGAUAAGGGAUAUAGACGAAGAAAAGCGAAACGACGUCGAAGAAUCGCGAGCACCUCGUUCGAUCGAAGCCGAAGAGAUCGGUAAGGCGAACGGUAAGGCGAACGGUAAGGCGAACGGUAAGGCGAACGGUAAGGCGAACGGCAAGAGGAACGGUAAGCCGAACGACACGGCGACGAGCGUCAAUUCGAUCUCGCGUUCGUACUCGUCUAGAGCGAAUUCGAACGUCUCGAAGAUUUAUUGCGCGAGCACGCAACGGCCUGGCGGCGCAUCCGAAUACAGGAUGCCCGAAACCGACGAAACAAAUUCGGGUCGAAUAACAGAGCUAGACGAGAUCGUUCCGAGUUACAACGGUCCGAACAACGGUCAGAAUCCGUUUUUGCAUUUUUUCUCGAAUUUUUCCACUUCCACUUCCACUUCCACUCCGGAGACCAUUUGCGCAGACGAUUACAGCGACGUCGAUGCGCAAUUUGGCGGCUUUCAGGAUCGUUCGAGAGAAAGUAUCGAUGAAUUUCGUACGAGCAAGAUGACCGAUAUCAAAGACGAAACGCAAAUACCGGAAAUGGUUGCCUCUUUCGAGACUGCUGGUACCAGUCAAGGACGACGAAAUCCUGGUCGCAACAUAAAACCGUGGCCGUCGUUGAAUUUACCAUCCGUAAAGGCGAGCGAAAGGAUGAAGAAUGCCGUAGAAUCGAACAAAGUGGAGCGCGCUAUGCGCAAUUUGCUCAAGUUGCCGUUGGAAGUGCUGGCAGAACCGGACGAGGACGGAGACACAAUGCUGAUGCGUUUGCUGGGAAAUCCGGACGAGCUUGCGAAGAAGAUGGCUUACUUGGUGCCAUUGGUCGAACGGUUGAGCAUCCUGAAGAACGCGCUCUCUGCUACCAAUCGCCGCGGCGAAGAUGCGCUUUAUUUUGCUGCGCUCAACUGUCCACGGUACAGUUACGUUACCGGCUACUUGGCCGCCACUUUGUUGGAAAAGGGGAUCGACGUUAGUCAACGAUUGUACAAUACCCGCGGUGAUACGCUGAUUCACUUGGUAGCAGCGCAGGGAGAUUCUCACGCCGAAACGUUGGCCGAGUUGCUGGCGUUGAAGACGAGCCAAGGAAAUAGAGUAUUCGAUUUAUCCAAGCGCAACUACGACGGCAAAACGGCUCUUCACGUGGCGAUAGAAUCUCACGAUCCAACGACGAAAGGAGUCGUAUCGCUCGAAACGGUGAAGCUGUUGCUGAAAUGCGGUGCAGACCCGACCAUCAAAGAGACGAGAUGCGGCGAUAACGCUUUACAUAUGGCUGUAUCUUUACCCUCCGACCCUGCCCUUGUCAAGGUGCUGUUGGACGAGCACGCCGUUGAUCUAGUGAACGCGAUCAACUACAAUCACGACACAGCGUUACACGCUGCCGCAACUUUGUCGAAUAAUGUCCCCUUGGAGAUACAAACGCAGCUGUUUUGGCUGUUGACUCGAGCUGGCGGACACGGCAAUUUAUCGAAUCAGCAGGGAAAGACCCCUUUGGCUCUCGUAUCGGCCGAAAGGAAACUCGUCAUCGGGAAAAUCAUUAACAGCAAAUCGCAAUACGCUCCUAUAAAUACAACGGUUCAAGAUUCUCGCUUCGUCGCGUAUGCCGUCGAUCGGAAGUCGUCUUUGCCUACGAACGAUUCGUACUUCGACCUUCCCGCGUAUCUUUCAGGAUAAAAAUACUACCGCGUCUAUCGAUUGCUCGUUUGUUCAUUUCCGAAUGACAUCUGUGCGCUCGAACGUAACGGAAUUAACGAACGUGGAAUCAAACGCGAAGAGCAACGAGUGGAGAAUGGGCUGUGCAAUAUCGGAGAAGAAAAGAAUAGCGAAAGUCGACGGGUCUCGGGGCAGAACUCGACGGCGAACAACGUGUGCGCUUUCUCUCGAUCGCGGUGAAAGGGAUGAUUUGAAAUUGAAAAGGUAUAUACAUGUACCUUUAGUAUACAUUACAUUCGGUAUAGAUUAUGCAUUCGCAUUCGCGUACUCGUUCAGCCGGGACGACGAGUUUAACGACAGAACGAAACGCGUUCGUCUCGAACAACGGGUACGUCACUCAAUAUAAAAGUUGCGUGAAACGGCUGUCCAUCUUAAUCCCGACAGCCGGCCGAUUCCGAUUCGGUGCCGGAUGUCGGCAACGUCACCGCGACAACCUUCGCUCGCCUAUACGACUCUCGUUCUUUCCAGUCCACGGGGAACGUCGAAUUCGAAGGAUCUCCGUGUAGGUAUCGUCGAGCAGGAUAGAGAAACGAUUAUCGGAAUUCCAAGAUUUCGUAGGUUAGAAGGAAUCGCGAAUUGGAAAUUGGAGACUCGUUCGAUCGAAAAAGUUGGUGGUCUCGGUGCGCGCGUAAAACCGGGGAACACGGAAGGGAAGCCGAAAUGAAGGAGCUGACGAGAUUGAUAAGUUGCUUGGCGGUUCUCGGAGUGGCAAGGAAUAUCGACGAACGAUGCAAAAUCGACGAGCUGUCGAGGAUAACGUGUCGAUGCGUCGGCAAAGAGGUAAGUGCCGAGGGGGUGAGAACAGAGAGAGAGAGAGCGGACACGUUUUCUAUUCUCUUUUGACCGUUCCGUCUGUCCACUUACAUAUGUAUCCUAUUGUAUAUCGUAUAUUUUAUAUCGUAUAUCGUAUAUCGUAUAUCGUAUAUCGUCUAUUGUACAUCGUGUAUCGUAUAUCGUAUAUUGUAUAUCGUGUAUUCUAUUGUAUUAUUAUUAUAUGAUAUUGUAUAGUACGAAUGUGUCUACGUAAAUACGACGAGUCAGCUCUGGUUUAGCUCGGCCAAACGAUGCGUCGUGAAACGUUGUUCGCUUUUAGGAAUUUGUUCUGCCCGAUGGAUACAACUACGAAAACGUGACGAGUCUGCGAAUCGCAUCCUGCGCCUCCGCGAAUCUGCAUUUCUCCAGUUUGACGGAAGCCGACCGAAUCACCGAGAUAAUCGUACAGAAUAUCAGCGACCGUUUGAUUU